AUGGAGGACAGGAAAAGCAGCACCGGAGGAGUUGCCCUGGGAAGAAGCGUAAACGGAGCCGUAAAGUUCGUCUCAAAGGGUAAGAAGCGUAAUCCACAUGGGGAUGGUGAUGGGGAGUUCGCGUCGAAUGGGUUGAAUGUCAGCACGAGGAAGAAGGGUAGCAACAGGGGCAGUGCCAUCUUUAGCGCGAUACGUGGCGCUGCGGCAAGCGGUGACAGUCGGAGGAGAGACCACUCCGUAAACAAUGUUGACCAAUUCGAACUGAAGUGUCGAGACUACCUAGACAGUGUUCUAAAGAUAAACGAAUACGUGAAGCUGCCCAAGAGCAUCAACAAUGAGGAGGAUAAGAAGAGAUGGAAGAAGGCCCACUGCUUACGUAACAAAAUGAAGCAAUAUGAUCAGCUCACGAGAAGGAAAUUGUUACAAAGAAAAAGUGUUAGUAAUAAGGCAAAAUUUAACAGGGAGAGGUACAUUAUAUUAAAUAAAAUACCCAGGUAUAGGGAAGCCUUUCCUUCCGUGGCAGACGACCCGUCAAACAAAAUCAAGGAGGACAUCAUUCGUACGUACCUCAAGACACACGCUGCUUACUUCCUAUCGGAGAGUCGAAACGGAAGCAGCCGCAAGUGCGGAAAUGGUUACAACGUGAGUCUUAUGAAGAAGGGAUACAACAAUUACCUGUGCAGAAACGUGGACAAGGACGGGGAGGUGGAUGCUUUUUUGCAUUACCACUGUGACUCCCCCCUUGGGGGCCAGACUAGGGCAGGCAGCACAAGAAACCUCCCUAAGGGGAAGAAGAAGGAUUUGUCUUACAAUUUGUGGAAAAAGAUCAUCAUCGAGGGGAUAAAAAAUGGCAGCAUUGGUGUUGGAGGUAGGGGCGACAUUGGCGGUAUGGGUAGUAGUGGCCGCAUUGGCGGUGCGAGAAACGUGCACAGACUUCGGAGCGUGAGCGCGCGCGCUCCGAGCAAGUACGAGAUUCUCGUUAACGGAUCCUACCACAACCUGCGGAAUGUCACCGAAGGGGGGAGCGGCUCAGGGAAAGUGACCCGAAAAAGCGCCCUGAGUGGAAACAACCAAGCGAUUACAAAAUUGUCAGCAAGCACAAACAGCGCCUCCAACAGAAUAGUCCUACAGACCGACAAAAGGGAAGAUGCAUAUGAACUGAAGCCGAGUGGAAGGAAUGGGAAAAUGUCUCCCCCCAGUGGGAAGGUUCUUAAAAGUUCUCCCACGUACAAUUCCUCUGUGGACUCCAAAAAGGAACGCGCACAGGGGGGAGGAUCCACCGGAAUCCGCACCCAACACACGACUAUAUUGAAUACCCACAGUCAGAACUCGAAUAGGAACUCCUUCUGUUCGGACGAAUCGAUGAAGAAACUUAUGUAUGACAAAUGCAAUGUAGAAAGUGAGAAGUUCCUUUAUAAAAAGGAUCGAUUUUCUUUACUGGGUCGGAUUAAGAGAAACAAGGAGAUCGAGGUGAGGCUCGUGCUGAACAAAGCGUGA